CUAGCAACACGUGAAGGGGUAAAAUUGUUUUUUCUUCAUUUUCGUUUGAGGGAAUUCCUUCUUCUUGUUGUCAUCAGGCAAAACGAUGAUCAACAUUUCAUAAUGACUGUUAAUGAUCCGUUCGUUGCCAUUGGCUCGGCGGAUAAGCUACGACAAAAGUCUGCUCGUCAUCAUAUCACACUACGAAAUCGAACAAACACAAAUCGGUAUCAUUCUUUAUUGUUAUUCUCCUUUCCCAAAGUACAAAAGGAGGCGCAAUCAGGUGUGGAUUUGGGGAUAAAUGCAUCACAAUUUUAUUGCAUGGAAGCCGUUUGUCCUCACUUAGGAGCACCAUUGGAAAACGCAAGCAUCUAUGACGUUGAAGGGGAAGAAGAGGAGGAUAUUGAAGAUGCAGUGAUCGUUUGUCCUUGGCAUGAAUACGAUUUUUCCUUGAGUACUGGCGAAUCAUCUACCGGUCUCAAAGCAUGUGUAUUUGCGGUCGAAGUACGAUCAGAUGGCCAGGUGUGGGUGCAACAACCUUCCAACGAAGGAGGCUGGGAUGUGAUCGAGGUUCGCCCAGUCAGUGAAGCUCAAACCCAAGGACGCGAAGUUCAUGCAAAGGAACUGCAUACAGCAAUGCAGAACGUGUCUCUAGACCAUUCUGCAGAUGCCCCCGAUGCACCCUUACCCGACCCAGAACCUCUUCCAAAAACGCUCGUCGAAUGGGCUGUUCUGGUGUUAAACACCCCAGAACCAAGAGAAAAAGUCCAUUAUACCCGCUUAGCUGCACGAGCUUUCCGUUCAGGUCAAUGCAGGAUCAUAGGAGGUGGGAGACGGGAUUCUAGUGAAAACUCGACGAGAUGGCUGAGAAAGGAGAGUGAAACGCCACCCGCUGUUCCUCCUCGUUUAUCCGAUGCAAAAGUAGUCCGACCUGGACAAGAAGGCAGACGAGGAAAAGGAGGAAGUGAAAGAAGUCGAAUCGCUAUGCUUCAUUCUUUGGCCAAUAUUGAACAAUGGGCUAUUGAUUUGGCAUGGGACAUCAUUGCAAGAGCACCCGAAUUGUACGCUAAAGCAAAAGAAGGCAAUUCCCCUUUACCUGUUCAGUUCUUCUCUGAUUUCGUCAAAGUGGCAGAAGAUGAAGCAAAGCACUUUUCGCUUUUGCAAAACCGACUGCAUCAAAUGGGUGCUCGAUUUGGUGAUUUACCGGUUCAUCAUGGUCUUUGGGAUAGUGCAACGGAAACGAUGCAUAGUUUGGAUGCACGAUUGAGCAUCAUCCAUCUUGUUCAUGAAGCACGCGGUUUGGAUGCCAAUCCUUUGACGAUCAAAAAGUUCGAUAAUGCCGGUGAUAAGGAUUCUGUAGAGGUCUUGACAAUUAUUCAUUUAGAUGAAGUCACUCACGUCUCUGCGGGCCAUCGUUGGUUAACGUAUUUAUGUGACGAAACGGAGCAAUCGCCGAUCGAAGUCUUUCGUAAAAACGUUGGCCGUCAUUUUGCGGGAAAGUUGAAAGGGCCAUUCAACGCCAACGAUCGAUCAAAAGCAGGCCUAACGCGAGAGUGGUAUGAGGAUUUGGUGGGUGAAAAGGCAGGAGGCCCUAUUGGAGUUGCGCGAUCCGAAAUUCCAGGGGGUUAGAAUCAUGUAUCUAUAGUUCGAUCAAUGUAGCAUAAUAUCACUUUCUUGAUGAGAAAGGGUGUGUGGGUAAGAAAAAAGAC